AUGAUUCAGUGGAAACAGGGGAUUUUCGGUAUUCUACGUGGUAUACAGAGUAUUUCAAGGCCUUAUAAUAGUUUUAAACGGCCAGUUUAUCGUUUUUCUACACAAAGUUAUAGAGCACGUAAAUAUUUUGAUACAUUACAGCUAGUAAAGCAGCUUGAAAAGGAGGGAUUUACGAAACAACAGAGUCUUGCAGUUGUACAGGCACUUCAUGCGGUUAUGGAGGAGAAUUUUCAUGAUUUAACAAAAACAAUGGCAACAAAAGAGGAACAAGAAAGGAUCAAUUGCAUGCAAAAAAUGGAGUUUUCACAGCUUCGUUCAGAGCUUCAGACAUUGGAAAAGAAUGAUAUUACAUCUACACGACGGGAAUAUGAUAGAAUUGCAGCGGAUCUUGAGAAAUUAAAGAGUAGUUUCCGGGAAGAAAUCAAUCAUACACUUUCUAAUGUACGUCUUGAUUUAAAUCUUGAGAAAGGAAGAAUUAGAGAUGAAUAUACGGCGCAUGAGAUAAAGAUUAAAGAAACGGAUACACGGAUUGAAAAUGAAAUCAAUAAUAUAAAAACACAAGCAGAAGCAAUCAAACUUCAAACAUUUCAAUGGCUUGUUGGAAUUGUUACAGGAGGAGGAGCAUUGGUAUUGGCAUAUGUUCGUUUAGUUAAGUAG